UACGCGUUGAACAAUUCUUAAUAAUUUUUUGAAAUUUAAACAAAGAUUGCAUGAACUGUUGAUCCAAUUUCCUUACGUAUGUUAAUUGCAUCAGCAUAUCAAAAAAAUCGAUAAGAGUUAUUUGAUAGUGGACUGUAACAGGGGCUAUUAUUCCUAAGCAAAUUACGUCAGCUUGGUUAAGUCAACGAUCCGUUCCAAUACCAAUAUCGGAUUUAGUUGUAAAUUUAAAGCAAAAUAAGACACAUCGUCAUGAGCUGCCCAGUUAGACAACCCGAAAGACAAAACCUUGAACAACUUGGUGACGAAGAUGGAAUGCUGUAUGGAGAAUACUUAAUGCUGGAUAAAAUUCUAGGAGCACAGAGGCUACUUAGUGAACAAAAUAAUGAACGUGUUCAUGAUGAACAUUUAUUUAUUGUAACCCAUCAAGCCUACGAACUUUGGUUCAAGCAAAUUAUUUAUGAAUUGGAUUCCAUCAGGAAUAUAUUCAGCGAUGUCCUCGAAGAAUCCCAAACUCUUGAAAUCCUGAAACGCCUCAACCGAGUCGUGUUAAUUCUAAAGGUUCUCGUGGAUCAGGUCAUGAUUCUAGAAACCAUGACACCUCUAGAUUUCAUGGACUUCCGAUGUUAUCUUCGCCCAGCCUCCGGUUUUCAAAGUCUUCAAUUCCGCCUUCUUGAAAACAAACUAGGUGUCAAACAAGAGAAUCGAGUCAAAUAUAAUCAAAAUUACUCAAAAGUUUUUGGUAACGAUUCGAUAGCCAUUGGGGAGAUAGAAAAAUCGGAAAAAGAUCCGUCAUUGAUUGAUCUGGUGGAGCGAUGGCUCGAGCGAACUCCCGGUUUAGAACUCGAAGGUUUCAAUUUUUGGGGCAAAUAUCAGGACGCAGUAGAAAAGCUUUUGGACGAACAGAGAAAAUUAGCAGAAGUUGAAACUUCCGAGGAUUUGAAACGCUAUAAAUUGAACGAUUUGGAAAAGCGGAAGGAAGUAUACGAAUCUAUUUUUAAACCUGAUGUUCAUCAAGCUUUGGUAACCAGAGGGGAGAGAAGAUUUUCGCAUAAAGCGUUACAAGGAGCAAUCAUGAUCACGUUUUAUAGAGAUGAACCGAGAUUUAGUCAACCUCAUCAAAUUCUAACUCUUUUGAUGGACAUUGAUUCACUAAUCACCAAGUGGAGAUAUAACCAUGUUCUGAUGGUGCAACGAAUGAUUGGAUCUUCUCAGUUGGGAACAGGCGGUUCUUCAGGUUAUCACUACUUGAGGUCAACCUUAAGUGAUCGGUACAAAGUUUUUGUCGACUUAUUUAAUCUAUCUACGUUUUUAAUUCCACGGUCUUACAUUCCUCCCCUAAGUGCUUCCAUGAAGAGUCACUUGUAUAACUGGGGCACUGUGAAUCACUUAACGAAUGGCAAGUAAGGGAUUCCAGCGCAAUCACUCUGAUGUUGAAUUUCAUGUCGAUGUGUAUGCGUUAUAAUUUAUAAUUUUUUUUUCCACAAAUAAUUUUGUGAAUUAUUAAAAUAAAGAAA